GAAUACAGUAGAAACUGCCUUCCCUGCCAGUCAUCUCCAUAAAGUAACAUGAGCUCUGGAUUCUGAACAAGUAGGAAGUGAAAGCCGAGAGCAGACUUUGGCGUGUCAAAGUGCUGCAUGCCUUAUCAGUGACUGUUGUGUGGCCUUUGUCUGAGCUUUUAGCAUUUUAACUCCUUCCUUUUAACUGGAUUACAAGGAUGUGAAGACCCACUCUGCCAGCGGCCUUGAAGGAAAACCUUUUUUUUUCAAAAGCAUAGCCCUUUACAACAAUGACUGCCGUGACCACACUGACAAAAAUCGGAUAUGAUGUAGUGACAAGAGAAGAUCCUGAGGAGGAUCGAUCUGUUCUGUUUUAUGGCUUCAGUGCCUCACAGUUCAGAGAGGAAACAGAGUACAUUAAAAAGAUACGCUCUACACUGGAGAAAGUACGAACGCAGGUAUUUGGAGAUGACUGUGAUGGUUGUAGAAGACAGACAUCAGGUGAUGAGGUACGGAAUCAAACCCCAUGGAAUUCAAGUGACUCUGAGACAAGAGCCACCAGCUUCUACUCCAGAUAUCAUCAGAUCUUAGAAGAUAUCAAAGAAAAGGACCGUCAGCUCUAUCACAUCAACUUGGAGAACCAGGAACUAGAAAUCAGGCUCGAAGCAUCACGUGAGGCUGGGGCUGGGGCCCUGAGAGAUGCGUCAAGAAAACUGUUUGACAUGUACCAAACGCGACUGGAGGAAGUUAGGAGGAAGCACUUGGAAGAUAAACAGAUACUCCAGGCUUACACUGAGGAGCAGGAGCAGAAUUUAAGGAAACGCAUGGAGAUGGCAUCAACACUUGAAGAAAAGCAAACCAUAGUCUCAGAACUGGAAAAGCGGGUAGAAAGAAUGGAAAAUGAAAAGAAAGUGUUGACGGAGAGAAACAAAUUCAUUGAAAAAGAGAUGCUGUCAAUUUCACAUAACCAUCCAGAUGAUAUUAAAAGCUUAAGGGCUUGCCAAAUGGAAGCAGCUGUUCUUCGGGAGAAAAUGUCCCAUCUUGAUGACAUUGUUCUCAGCCAGAACAGAAAACUGCGGAGUUCCAUACAGCAAAUUGAGCAAUUAAAGAGAGAGCUGUCAGGUCAAGAUAAAGUUAUAUGGAGCCUGCAUGAAAGACUUCUCUCGGCAGAAGCACAGAAUAAAGAACUGAAGUACAAGGUGGAUUUCUGGUCCAGCCAGCACCCUGAGGUAGCUUCAACUGCAGUAUCAGUCAACUCACUUCCACUGAAAAGGAAGUUUCCCCUGCCAAGGCUCACAACUGUCUCACACUCAAGAACUUCAUAUGGACUUCAGUCCAGUGGCACUACCUGCGAAUGCAAAAACAGCAGCUGCUUGGUAAAGGAAUAGUCAUUUCCAGCUGGUUGACUUUUCAUUUACAACGUGGUAGAAAGAGAAACAUAUCAUCUGAACAUCUGGGCUGAUUUCCAAGAGAGAAAACACAAUUCUUCAGUCCAGUCAUAAGAACUGCCCUUUAAGAGAUCUCUAAUCCUGUUCAGUAUUAGAGCAGUACAUUCAUUGUACAAGAAUGAAAAUUUGAGAAUUUGCUCCCUAUAUUGUGUGGCUUUUGGCCCAGUCUGUAUAAUAAACAUACCAGUAGUUACAACCUACUGCAAAAGCCAGGAUGCUGAAGUUUAUUUGUAUUUUAAAUAAAUAUUCACAUAUGCAUGUUGUACUGAUGCUAGGAAAAUCAAGACAAACAGGUGGUAGGUGCAGAAAUGAAAAUGAAACAAUGUUGUGCUGAGCCAUAACUUCAUUUAAUGUUUCAGGCAGUGCUGUUGAUUCAGAUGUUCAAGCUUUAAAUGUGCAAAAUGAACACAGUGAGUAUGUUCUUAAAGAGAAGAUGAUAUUUUCUCCUUGGUUCUAGAAACAGUCCAAACUGCAAUGGAUUCACUAUAAUUCAAAGUAUAUUCA